AUGACAAACAGCCAUCGGAGAUCUCGACAUGAGUCCGUACCUUUUCAGAUCCAUCCUUCUGGAGCCAUCACGUCGCCUAGCGCCCAGUCCUGUCGCUACGAUUCGUCGCUAGGGCUCCUGACCAAGAAGUUCAUUACGUUGCUACGCUCCAGUACCCAUGGCGACUUGGAUCUCAACCGUGCUGCUGCUCAGCUCAAAGUGCAGAAGCGACGCAUCUACGACAUCACCAAUGUCCUGGAGGGCAUUCGACUUAUUGAAAAGAACUCCAAGAACCAUGUGCGAUGGAUUGGUAACAACAACAACGGCAGCAGCAGCAGCAGCAGCAACAACAACAGUAGCAGCACGAGUGCUACGAGCAGCCCAUCCGGAUAUCCUUCAGACAACGUUGCCUCUCCCGCAUCCUCCACAUCGUCCCUGUCCUCUCUCUCGUCAUUCUCUUCAUCGUCCAAGGACUCUGUCGACGAGUUGGAACACCGACUAACACUGCUGAAGCGACACAACGGAACUCUGGAACGGGAAUACGAGCAUUUGAACGACAUGAAACAGCAGGUCGACCGUGAAAUAGAGCGCAUCCUGAAACGUCAUAAAGGCCAUUGCUAUCUGACGCUCGAUGACCUGGCUCGGUUUGAGGCCAUGCUCCAUGCGCAGCAGGAAGUGCUUGUGGUUGUCAAUGCUCCCUAUGACACCGACAUCACCGUUCACCAACCACCCAAACAGCAUCAUCUCCACUCGCCACGGCUAUCGGCAUCACCACGAAUGCGAUUCCAGCCAUAUCCCAGCCCUGUCAAGACACCGUCAGGAGUACCAGCAGCACCAGCAACAUCAGCAGCAGCAAAGACCAAGUGCUUCAUUCGCGUACCAGACCGCUCCAGUCAGGCACUACAUAUUGUAUCGUUAUCGGCACGACACCAUUCAAAUGAAAGGCAUUAA